UGUUAGACCGAGAUUCGUGGCGCAUGAUAACGGUCGUCGAAGAAUUCUGCUUUUGGCUCAAGUUGACGAGAAAGUUGAUUUGAUCAUAAUACAUUGCUAUAUCUGUUUAUUAUUACAGCUCCUACCUCCAAUUGUAUAGAAGCAUUCAGCAAUGUUUGUUGGGUUUAACACGGAGACAAACCUGUAACUUGCGUAGGCUCUACACGUAUUGAAGAGGUCAGAGUUGAUUGGCCAAAACUUUUUUAAGCUAUAAAUAAACAAGGUAGGCUUUGAAGCGGUUUUAAGAUUUCUGCCGGACAUUUCAAGAAUAAUAAUUAAAAGACUUGAAGAACUGUACACUCUGACGCUGAUUGGACUUGCCCCGACAAUUUGGAGGAGAAGAAGGAGGAUGUUAUAGUCCUUAAGCAGUAAUAAAAACUGAAUUAAAACUAAACACACUUGAAAACACGCACGUUUAGCUCGAGGCGCACACUCGACAAAGUAACUGACGAAAGUUAUCGGCCUGCAUUUUCUCGUAAAAUCAACUUAACUUUUGUAUUGACGUGGAUGACACAGUUAGGCGGUGUUCUAUCCACCGUGAGAUUUUUUCAAAACAGCCAUUUCUUUCGUCGAUUUUGAUCGAAGUGAGGUUUUUAAAAUUUAAAUCAUAUCCUGACGUCAAUAAAGGCUGUCACAGCGUCAAAGACUGUGGAAGAAGUCGGCUACUGGAGCAGUGGAAACGUGCCAAGCGAUAGCCAAGCAGUUAGCGUUUGGAGGCAAGAUCGUUUUCGUGAACCAAAUAGAUUCGUGAAAUCGAGGUGUUAUUGAUAAAGUACCGAUAGUCGAAAUGUUUAAUAUAGAGACUCCACAUUGACAGCCAAGAAAAUGGACUGGACUGUGACAAGAGGGCCGACUUGGAGUUUAUUUCCCAAAAUGACUUCUUAUCCGGGAGGUGUAGGUUACACAUCGUGGAAUGUCUUGAGACAAGGUCAUCAGAAAAACUUUCUCAGUGUGAGACGGACGCGAUGUUUUGUUCAUUGUGUUGUGUGGUUAUCGUGCCUUGUGUUUUUGAGGUUAGUGCAGACAGUAGCUGCUCUAGAGGACACAAACAUCAGCGUGUCUUAUACAACAUUUAAUGAGAGCGUGAAUUUUACGCAUAUAAUUGUAGAUCAGGACACAGGGAGGGUGUAUGUCGGUGCCACCAACUGGCUGUAUCAAUUCGAUAGUUCACUGGAGUUGGAGAAAGAGGUCAAAAUAGGUCCCGUGGAAGAUAGUAUCCAAUGUUCUCCAACGGACUGUUUCCACCAGAAAAAGAUGGUCACAAACAACGUCAAUAAAGUCCUAGUCAUCGACAGUCAAGCAGGAAAGCUCAUUGUCUGUGGUAGUGUCCAUCAAGGAGCCUGUCGACGUCAUCAGCUUGGGAACAUUAACAUUGUCGAAGACCUGGUUCCUGUUCCUGUAGCUGCAAACGACGAGAACUCUUCGACAUUUGCCUUCAUUGGUCCAGCACAGUAUUUUAGUUACCCAUCCAGGGUUCUCUAUGUGGCCACUACUAAUAGUCGCCUGGGGCCAUACCGGGACAUGGUCCCUGCUAUAACAAGCAGGAGUCUUGAGGAGGAUACUGGUCGUCUAUUUGGAAUAAUUGAGAAGUCGUUCUCUACCAUUGCCAGAGUGGACAUUAGUUUUCACUUGCGGGACUACUAUUUAGUCAGCUAUAUCUACGGCUUUCAUUCUGGCGGCUUCAUCUACUUUGCUUCCGUACAGAGGAAGUCUCACUUAAGGGCGUUAGAGGAGUGGGGUUACAUGACCAGACUGGCCCGAGUUUGCGCAUCCGACGCUGGAUAUAAUAGUUAUACAGAAGUGACAUUACAGUGUGUGGGAACAGACGGUACCGAAUUCAACCUGCUCCAAGAUGCCACUGUGGGCCCAGCUGGUUCUGAUCUUGCGACAGCACUCCAGAUUGAUACAGGGUCCAAUGUUUUUAUUGGAGUUUUCGCCACCAGUGCAGAUCAUACUUCUGCGUCUUCCCCUCCCUCCGCCGUGUGUGUCUACUCGCUGGCCGAAAUAGAACAACGUUUCACGGAGAACAUUCAUAUGUGUUAUAAUGGCAGUGUGCUAGCACGCAACAUGGAUUAUAUAGCCGGAAGCAUAGAAAAUUGUCCUGAGCCUGGGAAGGGUGGAAACAUUUUUAGUUUCUGCACCGAAACCCUGAAGCUCAAUGGGACAGUUCCAAUCACAGCGACUGCUGUAGCCAUCUUUCCCAACGUGACCUUAACCGCAGUGACCAGCACCACCACUGCCAAACAUACGGUAGCUUUCGUGGGAACUGAUACAGGGUAUUUAAAAAAGAUGCUGAUUAACAACGGAGAAGAUGCCGACGAAUUCGAGGAGGUGGCUGUUGAUCCAGGUAACCCGGUGCUUGCCGACCUCCACCUUGAUACCACAGAACAGUUCGUCUACGUUGCUUCUCCUUACAAGUUAACCAAAGCACGGAUCGAACAAUGUCAACAGUAUAACAGUUGCGAAUUGUGUCUAAAAGCACGAAACCCUUAUUGUGGUUGGUGUUCUCUUGAAAAACGGUGUACAGUUACGAGCGCGUGUCAGAACGCCACCAGCGGUUUUAGCGAUAGCUCGCCACGAUGGCUCUCACUGAACACCCAACAAUGUAUCGAUGUCCAAGCUGUCAAACCGGAACAGCUUCCUGUUACUAGCAUGAUUAUGGUGGAGCUGGUUAUCAACCAACUACCCAACCUACCAUUUGGAGCACAUUACCUGUGUGUGUUUGGUAACAGUGCAACCAUUAGGGCUCAAGUGACAGGAACAGGACUUGCAUGUAUGACACCAAGAAUUGAGGACCGUCCUUCCAUCUUACCUCAUAAAGAUCAUGUCAUUGUGGACCUAGCUGUCCGCUCCAGUGAAACCAAUACCGACUUUCUUCACAAACCUUUUGCAUUUUAUGAUUGUUCUGUACACGAAACAUGUUCUUCUUGUGUGACAAGUUCAUGGGCAUGUAGUUGGUGUUUACACGAGAACCGCUGUAUGCACAACAGCAGCUCCUGUCUUCGAACCAUAAUCACCGGAGAAAAUAGUCCCCAGAAUUCACUCAUUAAAGGAAGACGAUAUUGUCCUAGUUUUGCUUUGAAGAGAGAAAUUCUUCUUCCUAAUGGAGUGAGGAAGGAGAUAGCUUUAGAUGGAAAGAACCUCCCUAGUCUAUUGGAUAACUUUCAGUGUGUUGUAGAGAUUGAAGGAGCCAAAGAAAGAGUGCUAGCAAGGGUUUAUGGCAAUAAAAUAAUCUGUGCAGAAACAGUGUAUACCUAUGAGGCCGAAGUGGGCCAGUUGAAUGCAACAUUGACAGUUUUCUGGCAUGGUGACUCUUACAUAGACCAAACUAUAGUUACAUUGUACAAAUGUCAUCUAUUGGGAAGUCAUGGAGGACAAGCAGACUGUUCUCUGUGUCUGACCAGACACCCAAAAUUUCGAUGUGCUUGGUGUGGUGACCAGUGCAGUUAUAGUAACUCUUGUCUUGAGACACCAGCACUAACAUGUCCUCCACCUCGAAUAGACUGGAUCCACCCACUCAGUGGACCAAUACAAGGUGGCACUUUAAUGGCUAUAGAAGGAAGUAAUCUUGGUACUAGUGAAGAAGAAAUAGGUAACAAGAUAACAAUUGGAGGUAUUCCUUGCAUUCCAGUUGAAUACAGUAUAUCAGUAAGAGUUGUGUGUCGUACAGGCCCUAACAAAACACCUGGAGCUGCUGAGAUUGUUGUUGGAAACAAUGCAGGUCUGACUAGAGCUCGAGAACAGUUUUUGUACAAGGUAGUGAACUUGGAAAAUAUCCACCCAACUAUUGGACCCAUGGCAGGUGGAACCAGGUUGUACCUCAGUGGGGAAAAUCUGAACGUUGGAAGUCAUAUGGAAAUUUAUUUGGAUAACUUGCCCUGCAUAGUUGAUAGAACAUUAGCCAGCAACAGCCAAGUCAGCUGCCGAACCACAAGAGCUCCUUCACCGAACUACAGUGUCAAGAUGCUAUUUCUCAUAAUUGACAAUGCUACUCUUACCCUGCCAGAUCCUUUUAUAUACACUUUUAAUCCAACGAUCCUCAGAAUAUACCCAUUAAAAAGUUUUGUCAGUGGUGGGCGAGGUGUCACAGUAGUGGGAACAUCUCUACAAGCUAUUCAGCAACCCCAUAUGGCCAUUUUUGAUAAUGAAACCCUUCUUAAUGAGACAGUGUGUGAUGUAAUCAGUAACUCCCAGAUGGUAUGUCCUUCACCAUCUUUAAGUAGAGAUGCUGUCCGUGCAUUCUUAGCCAGCAGUAAGAGAAACACUGGAAUGCAUGCAGAGGAACUAAAAUUCCAAAUUGGUUUUAUUAUGGAUGAUGUCAGCAGUGUUCGAGAACUUCAAGCAAACUUUCCAGCUAUUCAUUCUGACAUGGUAUAUGUACCAGACCCAAGAUUUUUUCCAUUUCAUGGUGAUGGAAUCAAGUUGUAUAAAGGAGAAUCCUUGGUGAUUGAGGGAGAGCACCUUCUUCGAGCCAGUACAGAGUCUGAGGUCAGUGUGACUGUUGGUACUCGACCAUGUAACUUGACUUCACUGGCUAUGACCCAACUAGUGUGUCUACCACCUGAAGAUCAGCCACAAGGAACAGAUGAACUUGGAAGGACUACAGUCACAGUCCUUCCUAUGGUUGUAGUGCGUGUGGGUCUAAAUCUACGUUAUGAGAUUGGUUACCUUCGAUAUGAGGUGAUGAAGACAUACAAAUUUCCUCCUGAAGCCAUUUGGGGAAUAGCUUCUGGUGGAGCUCUUCUUAUGCUCUUUAGUCUUGUCAUUCUGGCUGUUUUAAGGCAUAAGAGCUCUCAGGCAGAGCGAGAGUAUAAAAGGAUUCAGCUUCAGAUGGACACAUUAGAGAACAGUGUACGAUCUGAAUGUAAACAGGCUUUUGCAGAGCUUCAGACAGAUAUGACGGAUUUGACCAACUAUUUGCAAGCUUCAGGUGUCCCUAUACUUGACCACAAAUCAUUUGUGAUGAAAGUGUUUUUUCCUGGUGUUUAUGAUCAUCCUUUGCUACAGGAUAGGAAGACAAAAAAUAAUGGAUUGUAUAGUAAUUAUGAAAUUGCAAUGAGUCAGUUUCAACAGCUACUAAACACCAAAGGAUUUCUCAUCACGUUUAUUAAUACUCUGGAAGGACAGAAAACAUUCAGUAUAAGAGAUAGAGUCAACGUUGCUUCAUUGUUGAUGAUUAUUUUUUUAGAAAAGAUGGAGUAUGCCACAGAGGUUCUUAAAACUCUUCUAAUGCAACUGAUUGAGCGGUCAGUUAACACCAAACAUCCUCAGUUGAUGUUACGAAGAACUGAAUCGGUAGUAGAAAAGAUGUUGACCAAUUGGAUGGCACUCAACAUGUAUGAUUAUCUAAAGGAUCGGGCAGGGAGUGCAUUAUUUCUACUAUUUUGUGCUGUGAAGUACCAGGUAGAGAAGGGACCUGUAGAUGCCUUUACUCAUGAUGCUAGGUAUUCACUCUCUGAGGAACGUUUGCUGAGAGAACAAAUAGAGUAUUCUACUGUGACUAUUCACAUCAUUCAAGAUGAUCAGGAUGAGAAGCUACAGCUCCGAGUCAAUGACUGUGAUACCAUUAGCCAAGUAAAAUUUAAAGUUUUAGAUGCCUUGUACAAAAAUACACCAUUUUCACUACGUCCGUCUGUAAAUGAUGUUGAUUUAGUUCUGUAUAUGCCAGAGUGGAAGUCUGGAAGAGGUGGUCAGCUAACAUUAGCUGAUGAUGACUUGACCACUAAGACAAUCAGUGGUUGGAGAAGGAUCAACACACUUCGACACUAUGGCGUGACAGAGUCUGCUGUAAUGAGCCUGGUCAGCAGGCAGAAUGACAGUCUUAGUUCGAACUGUAAGGGUACAGGAAACACAUCACUUAAUUCAACUUCACCAUUUAUUUCAAACUGUGAUGUUGAACAUGGUGUUCGAUAUUGGCACUUAGUCAUGCCUGUCGAUGAUCAUCAUGGGAGCCAGAAAGAUCACUGUCACAAGGCUAUUCCUGAAAUCUUUCUCACCAGACUGCUUUCUACAAAAGGUACUGUCCAAACUUUUGUUGAUGAUUUCCUGGCUACAGUACUGACUGUUACAGAAGAUAUUCCACCAGCAGUCAAAUGGUUGUUUGAUCUGUUGGAUGAAGGAGCUUCUAAGCACAAUAUCACAGACCCUGAAGUUGCUCAUUCAUGGAAAAGUAAUAGUCUUCCUCUUAGAUUCUGGGUAAAUUUUGUGAAGAAUCCAGAUUUUGUAUUGGACGUGUACAAAACUCCACUGUUGGAUUCGUGUCUAUCGGUGGUUGCUCAGACUCUAAUGGAUGCUUGUUCUACAUCAGAACAUAGACUUGGGAAGGACUCUCCUUCCAAUAAACUUCUGUUUGCUCGAGACAUUCCAGCUUACAGGAAGGUAGUCAUGAGGUAUUAUAAAGAUGUUAGAGUACUGCCAGCUGUGACAGAUCAGGAAAUAAGUGCAAAGAUGCAGACCUUGUCAUUGUCUCACAUUGGAGAAUUUGACACAUUAGCUGCCCUUAAAGCACUUUAUGUUUAUGCUGCUAAAUACAUGGAUGAGUUUCUUCAAGAUCUUAAUGAUGACUCCAACUGUCAACAAAAUCACUUGGCUCACAGAUUAGAGACAGUUGCUUGUACUCUACAAGGGGAAGAAACUUCUGUUUGCUGAAUUUCUUUUUUUCGAUUAUACUGUGCCAAAAAUGUAAAUUACCAACCAGUGGAGAAAUUUAUGGAAUGAAGUUUAUAAUGGAAAAUAUGGAUUUGGCUCUCUUAGAAAAAAAAAAAGUAUUUCAGACAUAAAGGAUAAAUAUACAUUUCAUUCAGAAUAAUUGGAUAUAAAAGAAAAAUCAAACUUCAUGUUCGAUAGUGUUCACUAAAAGGUUACGAGUCUCCAUCCUGAAAAGAGUUUGAUAAUGUUGUCAACUAUGCAACAUGGUUUUACAAAUGGUCGAAAAUUUUCUUAAACUUUUUAUAAAAUAAGUUGUCAUUCCAGUUACUUCCCAGAAGUUCAAGCCAAAGAGUUAAGAGGAAGAAGAUCAGGUGGUCAGUGUGUAAACUUUCAUUGUAUAAUGUGUAUAGACAAAAAACAAAACUUUCAAGAAGCUGUCAGUGCCUGUAUAAGACAAAUAAACAACAGGGUUCAAAAACUUGUGUAUAUUUGCCAACAUAAGUGAUUUUUGUUGGUUGAAUUAAUGUGGUGUAUUUUUAACUUUGCAUAACCAUUUGUGUGUGUUUAUUUCUUUACAUUGUUGUCUCUGUGAUGAUAUUUUAGCUUCUUAAGUCAGAGUUGGUGCUUGUAUGAGGUAGAUUUCACAACUUAUGGUUAUGGGAGCUUAGCCUGGACAUGAAAGUUGUACAGACUAGAUUUCAAAAUGUGGAAAACCUGCUGCUGCCUAGACUGUGAUAUUGUAAACUGUAGUGUAUUUAUGUAAUACAAAACUACUCUAUACUGGCAAGUGUGAGGUAAAAACUAUUUCUGGUCAUAUGUAAAUUUAACAUUUUAAAGCACUACAUUUUUCUACAUUUAACUGAAUUCCAUAACAAUCGUAGAUAUUGACAAGUUUAUAUAAGUAGUAAUUUGAAAGUAACUUUUUUAACCUUUAACGUGUGAUGAGAACAUUAGAAUAAUAGCACUAUAAUAAAACAUUGCAUAAAACUCAUUAAAUAACUAAUUGUAAGAAAAGGGUACCAAAUACUUGAUUUUUGUUUCGUGGCUUCAGUGAGGUUUAAAAUAAUUAUUACCACAGAAGGGCCAGUGUUUUUAAUAUUUACCAAAAUAUUAAGAAAUUGUUGACUAUCAGUGACAUAAGUAGUAAAACAUCAACAAAAUUUGUGCUAAAUCUGUGUGUUUGUAAUGUUAGAAGUUAACCUGUGCCAGAAACAGUGUAUUUUUGUUUGUAAUUGAAAUUUGUAGUGUUCUACUAUUUAUUGGUUAAUUAAAAGUUUGUUUUGUGAAAA